UUCACAUUCUACAAUCAAAUUGUACUCGGAACUACAAGAUAUGAGAUAAAAAGUUAGUAAAUCAGUCCAUUUUUGUCCAACGUGCUGUCACGAACCGGUUUUUUCUAAAAAGUUUAUAUAAACCGGAUUAAAGUUCUUCAAAAUGCGUGAAAUAGUGCACGUUCAAGCUGGGCAAUGUGGAAACCAAAUAGGAUCCAAGUUUUGGGAGAUAAUUUCGGACGAACACGGCGUCGACCCCAACGGGUAUUACAAAGGGGAGAGCGACUUACAACUCGAAAGAAUAAGCGUUUACUACAAUGAAGCUGGUACAGGCAAAUAUGUACCCCGUGCAGUGCUGGUGGAUCUGGAACCCGGCACCAUGGAUUCCGUCAGGUCCGGGGAAUACGGACAGCUGUUCAGACCGGAUAACUUCGUGUUCGGACAGAGUGGGGCUGGUAACAACUGGGCGAAGGGUCACUACACAGAGGGCGCGGAGCUGGUCGACGCUGUCAUGGAUGUCAUCAGGAAGGAGGCGGAAGGCUGUGAUUGUUUACAAGGAUUCCAGUUAACCCACUCCCUAGGCGGUGGUACAGGAUCCGGCAUGGGCACGCUACUGCUCAGCAAAAUUCGUGAAGAGUUCCCAGAUAGAAUUAUGAAUACUUUCAGUGUGGUUCCUUCACCUAAGGUAAGCGAAGUGGUGCUGGAGCCGUACAACGCGACGCUGUCGGUGCAUCAGCUCGUGGAGAACACCGACAUGUCAUUCUGUAUCGACAACGAGGCGCUCUAUAACAUAUGCUUCCGCACGCUCAAGCUAGCCAGCCCCAGUUACGGAGACCUUAAUCAUUGUAUACUGUUUUAUGAUAGAACCUCCGUCUUUUGGAGUCGGUUAAAACAGUAUCUAUCUUUGCCUAGCUGGCUGGCUAGUUACGUAGAUCUUAAUCAUUGCAUACUGUUAUACUAUUAGAUACUGUUUAAGAAC